UCACCCGCUGUCAAGCACAGCCUUUUUGAGCGGGUAGGUACUGCAGAUUACCGUAAUAUUCUAGCCAGACUCCGCACGGAAUCUGGAAAAUACGCAUAUCCAAUCCAUCUGCUUCCCUCCUCUUAAAAGCAAUCGUCGCUUGAGAUAGAAGGUAAUGGUGCCAUUCGCGUAGCACUGUGCGCGUCGGACCAAAUAACCGGGACCUGUGAUGGUGCAGUGGGCUUUGCUGUGUAGCACCGUACAGAAGCGUAACAAAGUGUUCUGCUGCUGCCGCGUUCUUCGUGUUUCUUCCUUCGGGCAAAAAUACUUCCGCUAGUUGCGGGCAGUGUUAUCAAAACUUUAGCUGAUGGUAGUGUAAUUGCUUGGUUGAGUGGCAAGUGGACCAAACACCCGCAUGGAUGAAAGAUUCACGCAGCAUAUAGCACGAAUAUCGCCCAAAGAUAAAGCGUAGAGCACAGGCAGGCAGGCUUCAGAAUAAGAUGUGCUGGUCGGUGUGAGCGAGACAGCAGGUGCGGAAUCCCCAUACGCUCUCAGCCGCAGCAGCAGGCAAGCCGUGUAUUACUGUCAUUUUCGCGUGAGUGUGUUUGUGCGUGCAUCACAGUACACAGCACUAUUGUUUUGCUGUGCAUUUUGCUGCAUGGUAAAAAUCCGCAAGCAGCCCAAAGCAUCCGCCUGCCGUGUGGCGUGACUACCGGUUGGAAAAGAGGAGCUUUUGGUUAUUUCGCGUUUCCACCGCAUACAAACAACGGAGCGAUGGAAAAACAGGCACGGAAGCAUGCAGACGUUUCUCCUGCUGCAGGAGGAGGAGGAGGAGGUGGCGGCAACAAUCCUUCGUCGUCGAGCAGCAGCUCCAGCAGCAAAACUCGAAAGAACAACCCACUGAAGAAGAAAGAAAAGGACGCGGAAGUAAUGGGUAGACCGCCGCGAAACGAGAUGUUGAAUGCUGAUCACGAGGUAUUCAUGCAGGCUUUCGAGAAACCGACGCAAAUUUAUCGAUUUCUUCGUACGAGAAAUGUCCUAAAGCCCAUCUUUCUGCACCGCAAUCUGACCUACAUGCGUAAUCGCAUGUCUCGAUCUCACAAAUCCCGCCAGUCUUUCAAAAUCGACUCGAUGCUCGCACAAAAAAUGACCAAACUGCGUUCGGAAAAAUCCAACGAGAUGACCCUGUCCGACGGUUACUUGACGCUGCGCUUUCUCGGCUUUUUCGAUGAGAGGAAUCAAACGAUGCGAAACGGUGCCGAUAGCAACGGGAUCGUGAUGCCAUUGAAAAGCUCGUUCGCCGACGAUGCGCACGAUGACGACGAGAACGCUCCCGACUAUGCUCGCAAAUGUGUUCAGGUUGAGACGAAUCUACUCAAGAUAGCACACACCAAACGCAAAGAUAUGUCGGCCACACAGAUGCAGCUGACCAUUGGAAAGUCCCAGGUGCUGAUAAACCCGAAGGAGGAGCAACAAUCGUCCGCUAGUAGCAGUAGUAGUAGUAGUAGCACCGAAAUAGGGGUCGCUGAAAAACCACCGUUCGUUAGCAUACCGACGGAUUCGUUUAAUACGAACAGCGUCACUAAUACGGCCCUGUCCGGCCCUCAGGUGUCUUUCAUUCUGCGCUUCCGCGUGCAGUAUAUGGGCUCUGCGGGCUCGAUUGCAAACGGUACCAAAGGCGAGCAGCAACUGUAUCUGACGAAUGGAACCGUUAGCGAUGGGGAUGAACCCUCUGCCAAACGACAGAAACUGCACAGCCACAGCAAAAUGUACAGCACGGAGCUGACGUUGUUCGAUAAGUACGGCCGUUGUCUGCUGAAGGAAGCCGAUUACGAGCUGACCGUCAGAGAAAUCAUAUCACAUCAAAAGUCGGUCGCGGCAAAGUAUGGAUCGCCGAUGAAGAACCGCUACUGGACCGCAUUUCCCGAUGCGUGCGAGAUUAUGGACUACAUGCCUUCGGACGAUUGUAGCAAAAGUGACAUAGUACCACCGACCAGUGAAGAUUUUAUCGAUCGCUACGAGGAGCUGAUCAAACCCAUGCUCAAAGUGCGGCUGCAGUGGACCAAAGAACCUCCGCACGGUUUCGAUACCGCCGGUUCAGCGAUAAAGAUGGAGAACGGGUAUAACGAUAAAGAGAACCACAAACCACCGUCCUCGCCGUCGGCGACGGACUCGUUCAAGAAAGGACUGAAUAUCAACAUUAACAAUAAUAGCAUUCUAACGCCAGCAGCGGCCACCGCCGGCCACCUGGACGACGUCGACCAAUCGCUGAGCGAGGGCAACACGGCGGAAGAUUCGUCAACAAACGACGUCAAGCCGGAAACGGCCCUUGUGCCUAGCAGCGCGGGUGCUGCUCCAAAGAACUCGGACGAUGCGAAACGGGUGGUUUACCACUUCAUGCACAACAACUACUCGCGCCAGCAAACCGAAAAUACGGACGAGUUUGCUUGCCCAUGGUGCUGCUUAAACUGUGGCAUGCUUUACUCGCUGCUGAAGCAUCUGAAACUAUGCCACGCACGAUUCAACUUCAACUACGUGCCCAUCCCGGAAGGUGCUCGCAUCGACGUGACGAUCAACGAGCUGUACGAUGGUUCGUACAAUGGGUCGCCCCACGAUUUGCUCGGCCCGGCGACAGCUUACUCGGUGCGUGAUCCGCUACGCCGGACGGUCGUUACCAACCUGCUCGUCUGUCGGCCACGGCGACCGAAACCGAGCCUAGCGGAGUUUAUCGAUAACGAUGAAAACGAAUUCGAUAGCCAGAGGCCCUACAUCACCGGCCACAGCAGAAUGUACCAUCACACCAUGACUUGCCUGCCGGUGUAUCCUCGGGAGCUCGAUAUCGAUUCGGAAGGUGAAAGCGAUCCGCUCUGGUUGCAGCAGAAAACCAUGCAGAUGAUUGACGAGUUCACUGACGUGAACGAAGGCGAGAAGGAGCUGAUGAAGAUGUGGAACCUGCACGUGAUGAAGUACGGCUACGUUGGCGAUUGUCAGAUACCGAUCGCGCUAGAAAUGUUCAUCGAUCUCCGCGGGCGCGAGCUGAUGGCGCGCAAUCUUUAUCGUAACUUUGUGCUGCACAUGUGCUCGAUGUUUGACUUUGGGUUGGUAUCGGCCGACGUCAUGCAGCGUAUCAUUCGGAAGCUACGGAAAAUCCCCGCUAACGAUACGGAACUGCAACAGUCGGUAAAGCAAUCGAGGGCGGAGCAAAUGAACUAUUGGAACAAUGUGACCGUGCACAAACAGCAAACGGUAAAGACGGAACUCCUCAGGAACGGUAACGGAGAGCGCACUGCCGGUACAGGCGCCAGUACUUCCAUCUCUGGUAGCUCGUCGUACCAUCAUCAUCAGCACCACAAAUCUGGCCACGGUACCAGUGGCAGCGGUCCAUCUAACACCGGUGAUGGACAGCAGCGAAAGGUUAAGCCCACCAUAACACCUGCGAAAAACACGGAUCCCGGAGCCGAACUGCCUAGAGGCCGCCGAAGUGCUGGUGGUAACACGGCAAAGGGGGGCUCUCCCAUCGUCAGCAGCAUCGGUGGUUCGGUGUCGCAACCGUCAUCAUCCUCAUCGUCAUCGAGCAAGGCAUCGUCCAGCGCUAAGCCUUCACAUUCCACCACCGGCACCACGAUGGUGAAACCACCACCAUCAGGUUCGGGGAAAGCAGUAGCAUCCGCCGCUGCCCUUCCCUCGGGCAGAAAAUCCUCCACUAAUCGAUCCUUUGCCACUCCUUCUGCCUCAUCCACCACCAACACGAACAAACACCAGAACAAUCAACACCAUCCAGCGGCCGCCUCAUUUUCCCCAAUAAUUACGCGAAGGAAAUCUCUCUCUUUAGGUUCGCAUCUUUUGCUGCGCAAACGGUCUCUCAACUGAUGCUGGCUCUAACUGAUUUCGGGCAGGUGGUUUGCACGGGGAUGGGGCACAAAAAAAAACAAACAAAACGCGAGAGUAACUAACAAACCUGGAACCUGAGGCAGGAAGGAAGCGAACGAACGGUGGGAAAGCAAAGGUAUAUUUUAAAUAAUUGUACAUUUAGGAGGGCUUUUGGAAUGCAGCACACAGUGUGGAUUGCACCGACGUUUCAUUCGCGAUAUAGCAUAAUAUUUUUAUACACUCAUACGUACUAGCCAUGUAGGAAGGAAAGCAGUGGUUGGAAAAGUGAAUGGAAGAAAUAAUCAACCCACGCACGGGGGGCGGGGUGGGUACACACACUCAGUGAACAAGCUUUAUUUGGAGUCGAUGAGUUCGGGGUGGAAAAUUUUAAAUGCAAAAAAGUUUAGACAAUUGUCAGGCAUGGAAACUGGAUUGCUUCCGCUAGGCAGCUCUACACGUACGUAGAGCAACGGGCAGGACAGAAGGUGUUGUGUUGCUUGUUAGGUGUGGAAUAUAUGUGAGGUCAAAACCAGUGACGAGGAGUAGCAACUUGUUUAGAAAGAAAAAUCCUACCCUAUCUGCCUAACGUAAUGGAGCAAGCAGCAGGAAUUGCUUUAUGUAUUUUGAACAACAGCAGAGAGAUGAACUGGCGUUUGUUUUUUUUUUACACAGGAAAUACAUAAUAAUUAGGCACAUAUGAAAACAAACUUAUGCAGGAAUAUUUCUCGGGAAGUAGUGAAAAUAGUUGAAGAAACGUAUAGUUGUAGUUAAGGCAUAGUGGGUUGUGUCUUUGGUGAGGAGUGCGCGCGACUCAUCGCGUGAAAGACUAAAAAACAAUAUGCACAUAUACCUCGGAAGGACAAUGGGCGGACACAGUUACAGCAACAAUUCGUGACAUUCUUUCACCCUUCGUUGUCUUUCCUUAGCCAUCAUUAGCCGCCUCCUUUUCGUCUCCUUCUCUCUCUCUCUCUCGCUCGUUGUCGUCUAUGGUAAUCAAUCGGUAUGGAGUUAUUGUAGGACGCCUACAGCCAACUAGCAAGUGGAUGGUGUGUGUGUGUGUCCGAAUGAGAGAUAGGAAAGGGAGGAAGGAAAGCAGAAGGUACAUGCCGUGUUCAAGCUCCAAUCACUGCCAUUUGUCCAACUCCUCCUGGUACGCGACAACUAUGACUGAUUGUAAAAAAAAAAGAUAGUUGCGCUAUUCUGUGACCAACACACGGAAAGCGUGCGGAUUGUUUAAAUUUUUUCCAAAAAUUAAGUUCAAAGUAAACAUCCGAUUAAAGUGUUAGCACGAGCUUCGUAAGGAGAGCACUGCUUGUUUUAAGUUGCGUUUUUAAACGGUUCUCUGUUCUGAUACUUUCUUCUGCCUAGUUCGAGCUACUCAAUCCGUUAGCAAUAGAAGGAUAAAAUUGAAGCCGCCUAGCAUUGAUAGUGGUAUUAGAGCCAACACAAACGGAGCACUGGCUUACGAGACUUAUGUAUACCACGUAGCCAGAUGAUAAUCAAUUGUUGGAUCGGAAGUUGGCUCGCUUUUCACAAACAGGCAGGAGGUUUUCUCUUGUUCAAGGUAAUCGAGGAGGGGGGUGAAUAUUGCGCGAUGAACCAGCAGAUUCUUUUACGCGAAUUAGGAGUAUGUGUCUUAGGUUUGCCUAUGUUUUAGCCCUACCAAUGUUUUUUUAAAUGUCGAAUUUAAACAAUGACGCAAUAAAACGAAAACUUUAGAUGAACAAUA